GGCCGGGUCUGGACACCCAAGCGCUCAGGCUCGGAGGAGAGAAGCCCCGGCGGCCUCUGCCCACGCGUCUCCCGAGCCGCCAAGCUGGAGGUGGACCUGGAAGCCAGUGGGGGCGAGGCCCCGGCUGCCGAGCAGCGGCUCCUGCACGGCCCGGGCCCCGCGGAGCUGGAGCCGGAGCCGGCGGUGGUGGAGGCUUCCCGGCGCAGCGAGCCGAGCGGGGGCCGGCUGCGCUGGUUCGUCACGGUGGUCCUGUGCGCCGCCUUCCUGGGGCUGGGACUAAGUAUUGCUAUACUGGGGCCCACGUUUCAAGAUCUGGCAAAAAACGUGAACCGCAACAUCAGCAGUCUUUCUCUGAUUUUUGUGGGCCGGGCCUCUGGAUAUUUGAGUGGCUCUGUGGUCGGAGGAGUUCUUUUUGACACUAUGAAUCACUUUCUGCUUUUGGGAGUCUCAAUGUUGGCUACCACAGUGGGUCUUUAUCUCGUUCCAUUUUGUAAGACUGCAGUCUUGCUGAUUAUUAUGGUGUCCAUCUUUGGCAUUUCAAUGGGCAUUCUGGAUACAGGUGGGAACGUCCUGAUCCUGGCUCUGUGGGGGGAUAAAGGAGCCCCACACAUGCAGGCCUUACACUUCAGUUUUGCCUUUGGCGCCUUUGUGGCUCCAUUGCUGGCCAAGUUGGCAAUCGGCACAACGGUGUCUGCCGAAAACCACAUGGAAGCUGACUCCAACCAUUCUGCCCUCAUCCAGUCCUCCGGAGCUGACCCAGGCGCUCUGCUGAGAGUGCCUGAUGAUCUGAAUUUAUUGUGGACCUACACUGUUAUCGGUACUUACAUUUUUGUAAUUUCUCUCUUUUUUUUUGCCUUGUUUUUCAAGAAAAGCUCAAAGCAGGAAAAAGCUAAAGUGUCUGCCCAGAGAUCUCGAAGAGCUAAGUAUCACGUGGCUCUUCUUUGUCUCCUGUUCAUUUUUUUUUUUUUUUAUGUUGGAGCCGAGGUCACAUAUGGCUCUUAUGUUUUCUCCUUUGCCACCACCCAUGCUGGCAUGACAGAAAGCGAAGCUGCUGGGCUGAACUCCAUCUUCUGGGGCACCUUUGCAGCCUUCAGAGGUCUGGCCAUCUUUUUCGCUACUUGUUUGCAGCCUGGAACCAUGAUUGUGUUGAGCAACAUUGGCUGUUUGACUUCCUCUAUGUUUUUGGUGCUUUUCAACAAGAACCGGACUUGUCUCUGGGUAGCCACGUCAGUGUAUGGGGCCUCAAUGGCAACCACAUUUCCCAGCGGCAUUUCUUGGAUAGAACAGUACACAUCCAUCCACGGGAAAUCUGCAGCAUUUUUUGUAGUUGGUGCUGCCCUGGGCGAAAUGGCUAUUCCUGCAGUCAUUGGAAUCCUUCAAGGAGAAUACCCAGACUUACCUGUGGUCUUAUAUACCUCUCUGGGGGCAGCCGUAGCCACUGCAGUUUUAUUCCCAGUGAUGUACAAAUUAGCCACCUUACCUCUUGAUCGUGAGCGAAAAGAACGCAGGAAGAGUGAGGACCAGAAAGCUUUGUUGUCUAGCUCUGGGCUGAAUGACUAUGAGGAUGCGAAUGAAGAAGAUGAUGCAGAAAAGUGGAAUGAAAUGGAUUUUGAAGUGGUUGAAAUGAGCGAUGCAAUGAUGAGUUCUGUCAUAGACACAUCUAGGAUCCUGAUGGCACUGGCAGCUGACACAUCCAAGCAACACUACUCAGAUGCUGUGAUGUUGGAGUCUGCACCUCUAGUUAAUGCGGGCAGUACUGCUGUCAGCCACUUUCCAGAAACCAGGACAGAAGGGACUUCUACUUAG